CCGAGGCGGCUCACCGCGGCCAGAUGCGCGCCAGCGGCGACCCUUACCUGCAGCACUGCGUGGAGACGGCGGCGCUGCUCGCGGAGCUGGGCGCCGGCCCUUCGGUUGUCGCCGCGGGGCUGCUGCACGACACCGUCGACGACGCAGGUCUGGAUUAUGGCUCCAUCUCCCAGCAAUUCGGCGCUGCCGUCGCGGACCUUGUCAAGGGGGUUUCUAACCUAAGUCAUUUGAGCAAACUGGCUCGUCGAAGCAAUACAGCGAGCAGAACUGAUGAAGCUGACAGGUUACGUACGGUCUUCCUUGCAAUGGAAGAUGCGAGAGCCGUGCUCAUCAAACUUGCUGAUAGACUACACAAUAUGAGGACGUUGGAUUCGUUGCCCAAGAUCAAGCGUCAGUGCUUUGCAAAGGAAACACUGGAGAUAUUUGCUCCGUUGGCAAAUCAAUUGGGGAUAUUGAACUGGAAGGAACAGCUUGAAAAUCUGUGCUUCAAGCACCUUUAUCCAGAACAAUACGAGGAACUGUCAUCUAAUCUUCAUCAGUUCUACAACAGAGAUAUGAUUGCAGCAGCAAUAAGGCGACUAGAACAAGCCCUUCAGGUGAGCGGACUAUCCUAUCGUUCCAUAUCGGGGAGGCAUAAGAGCAUGUACAGCAUCUACAGCAAGAUGGCAAGGAAGAAACUGGAGAUGGAUGAAAUCUAUGAUGUACAUGGGGUGCGUGUGAUACUUGAGAAUAAAGCUGAUUGUUUCACAACAUUAGAAGUUGUCCAUCAUUUGUGGCCUAGAAUUCCUGGGAAGUUCAAAGACUAUGUGAACAGCCCCAAACCUAAUGGGUACCAGUCCCUGCACACGGUUGUCCUCAGUGAAGAAGCACUCCCAUUAGAGAUCCAAAUUCGUACUGGGGACAUGCAUUUGCAGGCAGAGUUCGGAAUUGCUGCACAUUGGAGGUACAAGGAAGGCCUUCGGAGUUGCUCUUCAUGCGCUCCUGAAAUGGUUGACUGGGUUAGAUGUGUUGUUACGUGGCAGUGUGAAUCUUUGCACAUAGAUCACCCUUCACCUCUUGGAGUUGGUCCGUCACCGAGGACAACAUGCACCUUCCCUUCUCACUCUGACGAUUGUCCUUUCUCCUAUUCGAAACAAUAUGAUCACAUUGGACCAAUCCUAGUAAUACUUCUGGAGAACGAAAAGAUGUCAGUGCAAGAGCUCCCCCAAAAGUCAAAAAUACUGGACCUAUUGAAGAGGGCAUCUUCCUAUGACAUGCAGUUGAGCCUGAGGCUGAAUUGCCAUGCUGUGCACAAUUUGAACCAAGAGCUGAAGAUGGGCGAUGUGCUGGAGCUAAUUCCUUCAACUCCAUGCAAAUCUGGAAGUUACAUGAGGGGGUUCCACCAAAUUUCUGAUCACCGUCUCGCGGUUUCGCCAUCUUGACAGACAUCGAACAGUAGAUUUUGUGAAUAUAGAUAUGACAGAGCAGCUAAUCAUCUGAAGUUCAGAUUCUACACUGACAUAACAGUAACAGAUAGUGUAGUAUGUGGUGUUUAUUUGUUGAAGUAGAGGAAAAGAAGGUACGUAGCAUGUAAAAUUCAUCUGAAGUUUAGGUUCUCCUGCACUGACAGAAUAGUAACACAUUGUUAGCAUCUGGUGUAUAUUUUGUUGAUAAUUUGUUGAAGUAGCACAAGAUUGUAAGCAUGUAAAUAUGUGAUAAGAGUUUGAGCACAGUAAAUGGUUUCCGUGGGACAACCCUUAUUGGAAUGUAAACACUGUUCUGAUACACA